GUCCCAACAUUUAGGAGCUGGAGAUACAGAUGACCCACCAAGAAUUACUCAGAACCCUGUCAUCAAUGGGAAUGUAGCCCUGAGUGAUGGGCACAGCAAUGCGGAGGAGGACAUGGAGGACGGGGAGUAACGGGGCAGUUGAAAGAAACCAUCAGGCACGGGCUGCACCACCAGAAGGACUGCUGUUCAGACCUCCUGCCAAAAGUUCAGCCUCCAUGCGAAACUGCAGCCGCAGUUGAGAGUUCUCUCACAGUGCGGUUUACCCCUGGCAGCUGGCUGAGGCAAUUUCUGAGGAAGACACCAGUUGGCGCUCCGAGGCAACCUUUCAGUUCACUGUCGAGCGCUUCAGCAGACUGAGUGAGUCGGUCCUUAGCCCUCCGUGUUUUGUGCGAAAUCUGCCAUGGAAGAUUAUGGUGAUGCCACGCUUUUAUCCAGACAGACCACACCAAAAAAGCGUAGGAUUCUUUCUCCAGUGCAAUGCUGAAUCUGACUCCACGUCGUGGUCCUGUCAUGCACAAGCGGUGUUGAAGAUAAUAAAUUACAGGGACGAUGACAAGUCAUUCAGCCGUCGUAUCAGUCACUUGUUCUUCCACAAGGAGAACGACUGGGGAUUCUCUAAUUUUAUGGCCUGGAGUGAAGUGACUGAUCCUGAGAAAGGAUUUAUAGAUGAUGAUAAAGUCACCUUUGAAGUUUUUGUACAAGCGGAUGCUCCCCAUGGAGUUGCGUGGGACUCAAAGAAGCAUACAGGCUAUGUCGGCUUAAAGAAUCAGGGAGCUACGUGUUACAUGAACAGCUUGCUGCAGACUUUGUUUUUCACAAAUCAACUACGAAAGGCUGUGUACAUGAUGCCAACAGAGGGCGAUGACUCAUCUAAAAGCGUCCCUUUAGCAUUACAGAGAGUGUUCUAUGAAUUACAGCACAGCGAUAAGCCUGUAGGAACAAAAAAGCUCACAAAGUCAUUUGGGUGGGAAACUUUAGAUAGCUUCAUGCAACACGAUGUUCAAGAGCUUUGUCGCGUGUUGCUUGAUAAUGUGGAAAAUAAGAUGAAAGGCACAUGUGUAGAAGGCACCAUUCCAAAAUUAUUCAGAGGCAAAAUGGUGUCUUACAUUCAGUGCAAAGAAGUAGACUACCGUUCUGAUAGGAGAGAAGAUUAUUAUGAUAUCCAGCUAAGUAUAAAAGGAAAGAAAAAUAUCUUUGAAUCCUUUGUGGAUUAUGUGGCAGUAGAGCAACUAGACGGUGACAACAAGUAUGACGCCGGGGAACACGGCCUGCAGGAAGCAGAGAAAGGUGUGAAAUUCCUAACGUUGCCACCAGUGUUACACCUGCAGCUGAUGAGGUUUAUGUACGACCCUCAGACGGACCAGAACAUCAAGAUCAACGAUAGGUUUGAGUUUCCAGAACAAUUACCACUUGAUGAAUUUUUGCAAAAAACAGACCCUAAGGACCCUGCGAAUUACAUUCUCCAUGCAGUCCUGGUUCACAGCGGAGAUAAUCAUGGUGGACAUUAUGUGGUUUACCUAAACCCCAAAGGGGAUGGCAAAUGGUGUAAAUUUGAUGAUGACGUUGUAUCCAGGUGUACUAAAGAAGAAGCUAUUGAGCACAAUUAUGGGGGUCACGAUGAUGACCUAUCUGUUCGACACUGCACAAAUGCCUACAUGUUAGUGUACAUCAGGGAAUCAAAGCUAAGUGAAGUGUUACAAGCUGUUACCGACCAUGAUAUUCCUCAGCAGUUGGUGGAACGAUUACAGGAAGAGAAAAGGAUCGAGGCUCAGAAGCGGAAGGAGCGGCAGGAAGCCCAUCUCUACAUGCAAGUGCAGAUAGUCGCAGAGGACCAGUUUUGUGGCCACCAAGGAAAUGACAUGUACGAUGAGGAGAAAGUCAAGUACACCGUGUUCAAGGUUCUGAAGAACUCCUCCCUGGCAGAGUUUGUUCAGAGCCUCUCCCAGACCAUGGGGUUUCCACAAGAUCAAAUUCGAUUAUGGCCUAUGCAAGCAAGGAGUAAUGGAACAAAGCGGCCAGCAAUGUUAGAUAAUGAAGCCGACGGCAACAAAACAAUGAUUGAACUGAGUGACAAUGAGAACCCUUGGACGAUAUUCCUAGAAACAGUGGAUCCUGAGCUGGCUGCUAGUGGAGCAACGCUGCCCAAGUUUGAUAAAGAUCAUGAUGUAAUGUUAUUUUUGAAGAUGUAUGAUCCUAAAACACGGAGCUUGAAUUACUGUGGACAUAUCUACACACCCAUAUCCUGUAAAAUACGUGACUUACUCCCAGUUAUGUGUGACAGAGCAGGAUUUAUCCAGGAUACUAGCCUUAUCCUCUAUGAGGAAGUUAAGCCGAACUUGACAGAGAGAAUUCAGGACUACGAUGUAUCUCUUGAUAAAGCCCUUGAUGAGCUGAUGGAUGGUGACAUUAUAGUGUUUCAGAAGGAUGACCCUGAAAAUGAUAACAGUGAAUUACCCACUGCAAAAGAAUAUUUCAGAGAUCUCUACCACCGUGUCGAUGUCAUCUUCUGUGAUAAAACAAUCCCCAAUGACCCUGGGUUUGUGGUUACGUUAUCAAAUAGGAUGAAUUAUUUUCAGGUUGCAAAGACAGUCGCACAGAGGCUCAACACAGACCCCAUGCUGCUGCAGUUCUUCAAGUCUCAAGGUUAUAGAGAUGGCCCAGGUAAUCCUCUUAGACAUAAUUAUGAAGGUACUUUAAGAGAUCUUCUACAAUUUUUCAAGCCAAGACAACCUAAGAAACUUUACUACCAGCAGCUUAAAAUGAAGAUCACGGACUUUGAGAACAGAAGGAGCUUUAAGUGUAUAUGGUUAAACAGCCAGUUUAGGGAAGAGGAAAUAACACUAUAUCCAGACAAGCAUGGCUGUGUCCGGGACCUGUUAGAAGAAUGUAAAAAAGCCGUGGAGCUCGGGGACAAAGCAUCAGGGAGACUUAGGCUGCUAGAAAUUGUGAGCUACAAAAUUAUUGGUGUACAUCAAGAGGAUGAACUAUUAGAAUGUUUAUCUCCUGCAACAAGUCGAACUUUUCGAAUAGAGGAAAUACCUUUGGACCAGGUAGACAUAGAUAAGGAGAACGAGAUGCUAAUCACAGUGGCGCAUUUCCACAAAGAGGUGUUUGGGACUUUUGGAAUUCCGUUUUUGCUGAGAAUACACCAGGGUGAGCAUUUCAGAGAAGUGAUGAAGCGAAUUCAGAGCCUGCUGGAUAUCCAGGAAAAGGAGUUUGAGAAGUUUAAAUUUGCAAUUGUCAUGAUGGGCCGGCACCAGUACAUCAACGAAGAUGAGUAUGAAGUGAAUUUGAAGGACUUUGAGCCACAACCUGGUAACAUGUCUCAUCCUCGGCCUUGGCUAGGGCUCGACCACUUCAACAAAGCCCCAAAGAGGAGUCGCUACACUUACCUUGAAAAGGCAAUUAAAAUCCACAACUGACUUCCUUCCCGUGUCCAAGGCGAGGGACAGCUCGUGGGUGUGUGCCCUUUUUAACAGCCGUAGAACUUUGGUACACGUGCACUCUAGCCGAAGUCUCCAGCAAGAGGAUUUGCUGCUGAUGUUAAUUUUAUUUUGUUGAGGCUGUUCAGUUUGGCUUCUCUGUAUCUAUUGACUGCCCUUUUUGAGCAAAAUGAAGGUGUUUUUAUAAA